ACCUCAUUAAUGUGUUAGUGAAAUGUAAUUACAGGUGCAUGCUAAGCCAUAAAUACUCAAAAUGUUUUGCUUGUAUCCAAUUAUAUCACUUAUUACAGCAAACUAGCUUAAGUGAAUUAUUACCUUCACACUGUCUUCAGCUUUAACUUCUUAGAGAUAUAGAGAUCCAUGUUUUAUAACACAAUGUAAUGGCCUUCAGUCAAUACAUUUUGGUUUAUUGUAUUAAAUCUAAUUUGUCCAGACGGAAAGUCAUGACUGAGUGGUAAAAUAUCAAAUAUGGAGGGAAACAUGGUCCCAUGAUUUGUACUCAAGCUGAGAGUUGGGUUUUUCGUUCUCAAUUUUCUUCUGAUUUCAAUCACACUAAAUCCAAUGAAAUUGUUUUUUGUUGCUGUAAUUAAAGUAUUAUGUUAUAUUUCUUUGUCUGAAGAUAAUGAAUUCCAUUUAUAUAGUGCCUAUUUCUAUAGCACUCAGUGGUAUGCCCGUCAUUAAUGUCAGUCUGAUCUAUAGAUACCACCAACAGACCAAAAUUGGUGGACCUUAGUCUAUGCCUGAGUCCGUGCAGGGGUGUAGGGCUCAAAAAGAUAAGGUGCUGUGUAUGUGAGAAUUAAGGUGCAAGUCUUUACUAAUUAAUUUACUAAUUAAAUUAGUAUUUAUUAACCUAUUGUUGGCUCUAUUGAAUACCAAAAUACCAAAAACAGUCAUCAGAAAUCUAAGGUACAAUAAAAUAAAUAAAUAAAACAAACCUUCCCUGUGGAAUGUGCAGAGCAACCUAUAGCAAACAAACUUUGCUAUUGUGACCUGUCAGACCUCUAAUGUAUUUGGAAUGAUGAAUGUAUACUCAAAGUUCUCAUUAGCAAAGCGAUGCAUUCACUGCAUUCACAGUGGGGGAAAAGUCACACGUCCUCAGUCAUUAAGCAACAACCACUCUUUAAAACAUGUGCCGUAGUACAUACAUAUACACAUAUAAUAUGUUUUCUUUUUCAUUAUAUUGCUGUUCUGUUUGAUCAUGCUGUAAAACUGAGCAAAUAUCAUCUUUGUCAUCGUUGCACAAAUAUUUGUUCAGCUAACAGACAUGAGACGUACUUUAGUUCUGAAUGUUAGGUGUUGGGUUGUGGCUCAUGGAAUGUUUUAUUAUCUGAAGCAGGUGUAACUCAUUAAAACAUUUUUAGUGAGUCCUAACUUGUUUCAAAAAGUCAAUCUUAAAAAUUAGGUAAUAGAUGGUACUACUCAGGGGUCAUUGAAAAUAGAAAGGUAGACCUUGCACAUCAUGGCUUUAAGUUCUAUACUGUAUGGACUGCUGGUGCAUAUUUAAAUAUAUUGUGCUAAUGUAUAUUUGUUAUAUCGUAUAUGUAAAAAUCAGUCUGUACAAGAUUUGCUGGUAAAUGAGAUAUUUUUGCUGUACUUAUGUUUUGGCACAUGUGAGUCAAAGCGGGCUUUGGCUGAAUGCAUGUUGUGAUGACAUCACAUGACGUGUCUUGUGUCUUGUUGUCAAUUGAAUAUACAGUUUGAAUUGCAUUAAGAUUCAGUCAUGUGCUUUCUGGUGGCCAAGAGGCUGAAUAAUCAUUACAUUUAUCUGUUGUUAAAAAGGUUGUCUGACCAGUUGGUCAGGGGUUCAGGACAGUGUUGAAUCUUACCUAUUCUGGCUUUGUGUUUUGUAGAUGGUGCUGUACAGUAGUGUGUGAUGAAGGAUUUUAAAGGCCAGAACUGGAAACAAACUACAGUACAAGCACUAGUGCCUUCCAGAGAGGACAUCAUUGUUUUCCACAUAAGCGUGAAGAACGUUAGGAAGAUUUAGUACUGAACUGAUUAUCAUGAUAGACCUGAGCUACCUGACUGAGGAGGAGCAGGAGGCGAUUAUGGCGGUGUUACAGAGGGACGCGGAGCUGAAGAAGGCAGAGGAAGAACGAGUCAAGCAUUUGCAAAAGCAAGGCCCUGAGGAGGGCAAAUUGAAGUACAUCACAGGGGAGUGGUUUUAUGAGGCAAAGUCUCAGAGACACCAGGACAGAAUUCACGGCUCAGAUAUCAUCAUGGCUUCCAUGAAACAGAAGAAACCCAUGACAUUAGAGUUUUUGACACAGUCAUGGAGAGAGCAACCCAGUAAAACUAAUAACGAUCUCUUGACACCACAACCAAAAUCAACAGACCAUCUAAAGGAAAGUAACAGGAGACGAACAGACACUCAGCAAGAAAGAGUAAACAGGCAAAGACACAAUCCAUUUAAUAAUGUGCCACUUGAUCUAGACUUUGAUCCAACUAAUGGAGGCUCAGUGCCUGAACUUAAGAAUCCACCAGCAGAAGUGCUACCUUCACUAGAGACUCAUGAAGGAUCAGAAAUAGAAGCCAAGACCAAAGUGGAUGAUAUUUUACAAGAAACAGCCCCUCGUCAAAAACCUGUGCCAAAAAAAAGAACGAAGCUUUUUAAGCUCGAGAACUCAGUUGCGGACAGCACCAGCUCUACCUCCACCCAGAGUGUGUCUACAAGUUCUUCUGUAUCCACACAAAGUGUGUCUACAAGCUCCAGCAACAAGUCCCCUGUGUCCACCCAGAGCAUGUCUACAAGCUCAGACAGCAGGUCUACUCUGUCCACUCAGAGCAUGUCUACAAACUCAGAAAUCAGAUCCCUUCCACCAAAAAGUAUCCUCAAACACAGUUCCAGCUGCAGCUCCAAUGACUCCAACAUCAAAAGCCAGCUACCUCAACCACUGAAAUCCCUCAGUAGGUUUUCCACAAAGACUGGUCCUGAACAAAUUCUUGAAGAGAAUGCAAUAACCCAGGAGAGGAUAGAAGAGUCUUCUCUCAAUUUAAAAGACAAAGAAGCAUUGAAGCCCACUUCACCACUGAAGUCUACCUUUCCAAAGUCACGACUGCCAGUCCGAUCCUCAUUGCUGUUAAAUAAUCCAACACAGACAGCUCAAGAGAAGCCAAAAAUUCAGCCACGACUGAGUCUGAGUUCUAGCACACAGUCAAAUGAUGAAGAAAAAACAACAGACAUACUGCAUACAAAGCAAAAAUGUGAAAAUAGUUUAAAUUGGUCAGUCUCUGCAGAAACAGAAAAACAAAAUAUAGCUGAUGGUGUAAUGAAAGAACCUCUGUCCAAUCCUAGAACAAGGCUCUGGUCACCAUUUGAAUCCCUGUUAGCCAAGCCAUUAAAUGAGAGCACUACCAUUGAAAUCUUACCUAAGAACCUGGAGAAAGACGACAGUAAGACAUCCACGAAGGAACAUGAAAAGACAGAAGAAAAAGGGGCCCAUCCUUUGAACAACACAGCUCAAUUUGUAUAUGAAGCCAGCAACCCAACUAAUGCCACCAAUAAGACUGAUGCUUCACCUGUGGCACAUGAAAGUGACUACAGGCCACGUCCAUUCAAUAAAAAGAUAACUAGAGACACAAACAUGAAAACAGUGGAUUGCAAAGAUCCUCUCAUGGUGAAUUGCCAUUCUCACAAAGCCUCUGAAGGACAGGGAGACUCCAUUGCUAAAGUUCUAGAAUGGUUCAGCAGGAGCUCAGACAGCAGUGAUCAACAUGACUGUGAGGACAUUAUGCAAAACACUGAGGAUGAUAUCAAUAUAGAGGACAUUGACAUCGAAGAUGAGAUCAAUUCAAGACCCAAACCAGAGAACAAUGUUUACUUGAUCAUUCCAAGACAUAGGGAUGAGGAUACUGCUAUGAUGAAUGAUAUAUUUUUCAAAGAGAGAGAUUUAGCAGUAGAGCUGAAUGUGGAUAAGAAAGAGCCUUCUAUAAAUUCUCAGAAUGUUAAGGAUCUAAUUGUUCAGACUAAGCCACUGAACAGGGAAGCACUUCCUGCCAUGGGAUCAUCCACUCUAUUCAGCCACAGAUCACCACAGGACACCUCUAAUAGACUGUUAGACCCUCAAAAAACAAGUCCAAAAGAGAAAGUGCUAGAGACAGUUAGCAAAAAAGAAGAAAGCAGAAAUGCUGACAAGACAGGAAUUCCAGACAGUAAACCCACUCAACAUGAACUGGCAGACCUUGAGGAGAGUCAUUCACCAGAAAUUGCCGAUUUGAGGUCACUGUGUGAUAGAGGUACCACUGAGGUAUCAAGGAUGCUAGUGAGUAAACCAAACAUAAAUUCUGAAAAGGAAAAUCUUGACCAAAAUAAUGCUGUCAGGAAGGUGACUGAGUAUGAAGAGGAACCAACCAAAGUUGACAUUAUUCCAAAAUAUUCUGUACUUGAGAACAAGGAACAAUCACAGCUAAAGGACAUUUCUAAUGUAGAUGAGAUACAAGCUGAUGACAUCACCUAUGAACAUUUAAAUAAAAAAGAAGCUAGUGUCAGAGAUAAAGCAAAAGAUAUGCAAGCACCAAUGAGUAAUAUAAAUCAAAUGAAAGAUAUAAUGGCUCUGAGAACCACCUCAGACAAAGAUGGUACGAAACUUUUGGGCCAAAAAUCCUUAUCUUCACUAGACUUUGGGCUCCAGAUAGGAGACCACAGCAAUGAAAAUGUUGGAGAAAAUGUUAAUAGUAGUGAGGAAGGACGUACGACUGCAGCAGUACUAGACCAAAAAGUAAAGACAGAGGAAAAAGAUUCACAGCUAAAACCUCCACCAACAUCUGGUGUUCACUCACAGCAACAAAAUCCUCUCCCAUUAGCAAAGCAAAGCAGGCAGCAACAAGACAUCAGGGCAGAAAGGAUAAAAGAGCUCAAAUCAUUCUGGGAAAGAGAGAAAUUGCAAUCAAAGAUAUGUAUGAAAUCAACAGCAGCAAAUGACACAAACUCAUCUGUGACAUCUACAAAGCUGAAUAAAAGGUUCACCAAAUCAGAAUAUGAUCUUAGAUCCAUUGGCAAAGAAUCAGAGGCAGAAACUGCGAAUUUUACAGUUCUUCCACUACGAGACAGAAUAGAGAAGGCAGUCACAGGAGAAGGUAUGAACAGAGUACAGUUCAAGAUGCUCCGUGACUUCUGGGCAGGAACUAGCAAACAGUCAUCCAAUUUUGAAAACAAAAUUCAAAACCCAUUAAGUCAUGAAGUUAGUCAUGGAAAAACUCAUGAAAAGGUAACUCAUCAUGAACUAAUGGAUGCAAAGCACUCUUUGAGUCAAAAUGUUUGCCCAAACCAGUCAGAUAAAGGGUUUGGAAAUGAUAGUGAAAAUGCUAUGCCUCCAAAGACAGACAGAGGGCUCCAAUCACCUUUAAAAGAGAAAACUGUUGUCAAACAUCCUGAUACUGGUACCACAGCUAACUUGUACAUCUCUCCAGCUGAGCCAGCUGUUCUGAGAUCAUCCCAUUGUCCUCAGCCAAAUAGUGGCUCACAGUUAUCUCCAAAAGAUCCAGCAUCUCGUAAAUCUCCAGGGAUGCUCAAUAAAGAAUCACUGCAGCACACUAGAGGUAGUGGCAAAGGAAGAGUAAAUUCACUUCGACGUGCCACCAGCAUGUUUGCAAUAAACAUGGAAAGUCAAGAUCAAGAUUUACCCUUGCAGUCCAAGAAAAUAUCUGAGACACUCCUCCCACAGCUUGGACAUACAACAGAAAGUACAGUGGUACCAUCCACAAAAACACCAGAAGCUAAUUUAGAGGUGAAAAAGUCUCCAGAAAUCACCAAGAGUAAGCAUAAAGCCAUUGACAAAAGCACUUCUGAGGAUUCUGAUUCUCAACCACUUGCCAGGUCUUUUGUUCCACGAGACUACCAGCAUUACCUGGGAAUCACAGAAAACAGAAGCAAGCACAUUUCUCCCCAAGUUAAAGAGCAGAUAAGUGAAUUAGUCUGCACCUCAUUUCAGACAGGUAGCGUGAGGUGCUCUCCUGAGCAAGCUGACACUCCCCUAGACUCUGCAGAACUUUGUACCAGCAGAGGGAGCAUGGGACUGCGACCUAGUGCACAUGCUGGUGAAGAGGUCAAUCCUGAGACCUUAAUCAGAGUUGAUUCCUUCUCUGGGGCAAGUGGGAACUGUGAGAACUCAGUCACUGAGGGGAGCCUAGUUCAGGAAGUGCUGAGACGGGCGGCCACUAGACCUGUAUACCAUAAAAGCCUCGAAGACAUUACUGCAGUACCAAGACAAACUAGAAAAAGUAAACACGUGGAUGACUUCAUGCCUAGCAGCUACGCACUCUCCAGCACUCCAUCACCAUCCUCAUCUUCCUUCUCAGAUAAGGAGCACUUGAGGAAAAUCAGCAAAUCUGUUCCUUCUUUCCUGGAGAAUGAGAAUGAUGGAGAUGUGAGUGACUCAGAGUGCAGCUCCCACAGUGGCAAGCACUGGAAGAACAGCAGCCCCCAAGCUAAACUUAACAGCAACUUGCGAACGUCCACAGUCUCUUCGAUGAGCGGGAGCAUAAUGAGCAUUUCCAGUGCAGACUUUGCAAAUGUUAACGUUCAAGGGACCAUCCAGUUUUCAAUCAACUAUGUCCAGAAGUUGAGGGAGUUCCACAUCUUUGUAGUUCAGUGCCAAAAUCUGGCUGCAGUAGAUGUGAAGAGGAAUCGAUCUGACCCGUAUGUUAAAAGUUAUCUUAUACCUGACACCGCCCAUUUGGGAAAAAGAAAAACAUCAGUGAAAAAGAAGACCUUGAACCCAACAUAUAAUGAGAUUCUAAGGUAUAGAGUUCAAAUGGAUUACCUAAAAACCCAGAUCCUUAACCUGUCUGUUUGGCACAAUGACACAUUUGGUCGCAACAGCUUCCUGGGAGAGACAGAGAUUGAACUUUUCAAGUGGGACUUUGGAAACCCUCGGAUUAACUGCUUAUCCCUCAAACCAAGGACCAGGAGUAGCAUUCUGCCCAUAGAUGAUAGAGGCGAAAUGAGACUGGCCGUACGGUUCUUACCUCACAUCUCCCUCUCAAAAUCAGUCCUAGGCUCAGGUGAAAUUCACAUCUGGGUCAGAGACUGCAAGAACCUUCCUCCGAUCCGAGGUGUAACUAUAAACCCAUAUGUGAAAUGUUUUGUGCUGCCAGAUACCAGCAAAAAGAGCUGCCAGAAGACACGGUUGUUAAAGAGGACAGCAAGUCCUGUGUUUAACCACACAAUGGUGUAUGAUGGAUUCAGGACAGAGGACCUGAAGGAGGCCUGUGUGGAGCUCACAGUGUGGGACCAUGAACGACUGGCUGAUCACCUGGUGGGAGGACUGAGACUUGGCCUGGGAUCAGGGCAGAGUUAUGGGGCAAACGUGGACUGGAUGGACUCCACUGAUAAGGAGGUGGCAUUAUGGCAAAGAAUGAUGGAUUCGCCAAAUGAGUGGGUGGAGGAUGUGUUGCCUUUGAGAAUGGUGAUGACAGCAAAAAAUACUUAAAAAACAUUGUUU